AUGUCUACCAACGGACUCAACGAUAUUGCAGCCGUGGAGGGAUUUGCGUUGCGUCUGUAUGGGGGGGACAAAGCCGCGCUGCAGCUUGUCACAGACCUGGGCUGGGGCAAAGUGGCCGCCACGAUGGGGCUGCCGUUGAUGAAAACGGUACUGCAGGAAUCCACGUCAGCAUACGCCAUCUUCUUUGUAGCUCAAACGCUGCGGCAUUUGGUGGGUACAAAUUCUAGCGCAUCCGACCUCAUCUCUCUUGAGGCCAGUUUGAGCUGGUUGAUUGUGCAGCGGCACGAGGUGCUGAAUACCUCCAGUGUGGAGGUAAUCAUCCGUCUCCUCUGCGCUGUGGUGAAGCAGGGCUUUUGUGACGCGCCAGAGCUGCAGGGUUUCCCCCACCGUGUAACAGCCGCGUUGAUGGUGGAGGAUUUCGACUACUCGGAAAGGCACGUUGCCCUUGCGUGUAACAUUCUGGUCUCUUUCAUCGACGAAAUGGAAUGCGCUGAGGGAGCGGGGUUCAGUCUUAUCCGUCACAAACGAACAAGCACGUGUUUCCGUGAUGAAUGCCUGCUUCCGGUGUUUCGUGCUGCUUCGCAUUGCCUGAAGCGGCUUCGGCACACACAGUGGAAAGCCAUUUGUAGCGUGGUAGCCCUGGUGAAACGGGUUCUCGUGUUUGACUUCACGUGUUCCUGCGAUGAAGCGCUGAACGAUGUCAUGACGUUUGAGUUUCCCCAGGAAUGGGCAGCCGAUCUCGUGGACCAGGGUUUGCUGACACGGCUCUUUGACGUGUACGCCGCACCUGUGACGGAUGCAAAGUUAUUGUGCAACGUCUUGGAGGCCCUCACACCGCUUGCCUCGGUGAGUGCGUCCCUCUACGCAUCCCGCCAGCAACAGACGGAAUGGAUGAAUACCAUCCUUGACGCCACCUUGUCCAUUAUGGAGUCGCGCUCACACCUGGAGGAGACUACAGUACUGCGGGAAUUCUGUAGGUUGCUGAAUCGCAUCAAACCAAAUUUUACGAUUGACGAGCUGCGAAGGUCACCCUGCUACGAGCGGUGGGUGCGGGCCGCCGCCGACUUUACGAAGUUGUGCUUUCAAAACUGGCGUCAUGCACGGCAAUCGUUUCUUUCGUUGACGUCCAUUUGGGCCAAACUGGUUGGGUCUCAGUCGUACUGCAAGGACGGCUGCACGUUAUUUGAGUUACUUGCACCGGAUGUAUGCCUCGCCUACAUGAUGUCCAAUCAGGAACAAGCGGAACGAUUUGCCACCGAUGGAGAGACAUCUGCAUUUGACGAUUACAUUUUGGAUGCAGAUACGGAAACAAUGUUGAUGGAGUUUGAAUUUGUCUCUCAGCUGCUGCGUUUCUGCGGGGAAACGGCUGAGCAGUAUCUUCUUCAUGAAACAUCCUCUUUGCUGGAGGCAAUGAAGGUGCCCGAGGCCCACACCUCACCUCAGUUGUCGUGUGUGUCCGAACGGCUGGCGUGCAUCAUUACCCUCGCCAGUUCUUGGUUGUCCUCGUACCGUUUUAGCCGCAAUGCGCGCGCUUUGGACUCCAGUGUACUGCUUGCGUGUUUGAGAGUUGUGGAGCAAAGCCAUCAAGUUUCCUUUGCCCAUUUCCUGCCAUUGGCAGCGGGGCGUCACUUGCAUGGCGCCCUCCUUGGAUUCUUGCGUGCUGCCUGGCAUAUACUGCUGCUGGAUAGGCUGGAUGAAUCAAAUAAACUGCGGGAUUCACUGCGGGAUGCGUUCUCUCUGCACAAAUCGGAAGCACUAGCGACUUUGUUUUUGGGGCUGGUGGUGGAUGAAGUUAUGGACUGUGUUUCUUCUUGCAGUGGUCGUACUGUGUUUGAGGCCAUACACCUCCUGAGUGAGAUGGCCCAAUCCCCUUCCACAGCAGUUGUGUUGCGGACGUUACCACAAUUCCACGGCCAUCAACCCGUGCUUGAGGCACGCAGCAUGCAGACGGCAAAGGAUGCUGCCAUGUUUUAUAGACUCCAGUAUCAUCUGUCACGUAUCAAGGCGCAGGUGCAUUUUCUUGGGUGUACGGCAGAGUCUUCUUGGGAGGAUUUUGUGCGGCCGUUGUAUGAGGAGCUCGGCAUGUGCCUGCGGGCAGGGGCAGUGCCUGCCAGUGGCCACGAGGAGUCCUUGACUCGUGUCAUUUGUUUGUGGCGGGGUGUGUUCUGCUCUUGUGUUGGGCAAAACGAGUACAAGGUACUACUGCGUCAGUUUUUUCCUUUUUUUCCGAUUUUAAUGCAUGAGCUUCAGAACCAGUCGGGGACGGUGUGCGGCGUGCAACUGUUGCACUUAAUUAACGAAAUCACUCAGAAUCGUUUUCGUCGCAUCAACUUUGGUGCCAACGGGGUGGAGGGGUAUCAUCUUUUCCGUGCCGUCAGUGGCUCACUCGAUGCGGCCGUUCCCUUGGUGAGCAAGGUGCUAGGAUCUGGAGGCACCUGCCUCGAGGAGUGGGGAAUAAAGUGUUUGCGGAUAUCACUUCAGACUGGACGCAAUAUUCUGGCGGGUGGCUACUGUAAUCUGGGCGUGCUGCGUCUCUAUGAAGAUAAGGCGUUAAUGGCCUGCUUGGUGGCCCUCUGGCGGGCCGUGACGUUGGUGGACCGCCCCCGUUUCUGCCACUAUGAAAAGCUUGCCCGGGCCCAUCUUGCACUUGCGGGGGAACUUUUUAAGGAAUUGCAUUUGUGGUUUCUCUGCGAGCUCCCCGUUGCGGAGCUGCUUCACGUCAUCCACAUGUUGGAAUUUUCUCUAGCCCAUCACAUCUCGAGUUCUGCCUCCCUUGCGUCACUCAGCGCGGAGGCGCUCGGCGUGUUCACCAGCAUGCUGUGUUCCGCCGAGGGUGGUGACUGCGUGGAACACCGGGACCGCGUUCGGGGCUCUUUGCUGCACGCCGACCCGAGUCUUUUCACACGACUUCUACGGCUGACGCUUGACGUUGUUGUCUCAAGGAAGUGUUCCUCCUCAACGGUGGAGGUGCUUCUGCAAACACUGAUUGCCCUCAAUGAGGACUGCUUUCUGCAGUUGGCGGGGGAGUUUGCGGGGUUUGCUCUUGCGGCCGGCAAGGACGCAGAGGUGCGGGCGGCGUUUGUGUUGUUGGGCUCGAGUGCGUGUGAGGCUGUUCGCAAGAACAACAGCAAUUUGUUUACGAAGCCGUUUCAGCACUUCACAGCGCUGGUGUCAAGCUGUCUUUGCUGA